AGUAGUUUGGACAAAAUAUUGACAAUGCUUAUGCUAUCACUGUCGAUAAUGCGGCCAACAUGAAACGAACGGUAAAAAAUCUCUCUGAAGAACAAGCAAACGACUAUGAUGAUUUCGGUUUUGAUGAGCUUUUGGAGCCUAUGAGGACUAAUAUUAAUCAAAGUAAUGAAAUUGAGGAUGAAACAGAUGACGAAACUGAUGACGAAUUAGAUGUUGAUUUCAAGACAGAAGUAGAUAUCGUGAACAGAAUCUCCACAUCAAAUAUUUUGGACGUGCAACCAUGUGGUGCACACACGCUUAAUCUGUGUAUCACGGAUGCGAUGAAACCGUAUAGUGAAAAUCUUAACAGAAUCCGAAGUUUCAUGAAAAAAGCUAGAUUACCGAAAUACCACAAGCUUUUCGAAAUGCAUAAGAUUCCAAAGCCAAAUCUGGAUAACGUCACCCGUUGGUCGGGAACGCAUCGAAUGCUGAAGCCGCUUUCUAAAUAUAAGGAGUUUUACAGCUUACUCUCAGAUGCUUUGGCAUCGAAGGAAAGAAAGUUCCAACUACAAGAAGAGGAUUGGUGUUUCAUCAAAAACUUUGUUGCUGCAUUCGAUCCUGCAAGUAUUUGUAUAGAACGCAUUCAAGCAGAGCAGUUAACGGUUGGAGAUUUUUUCUGGGCCUGGUCCGAAAUGAAACUAGAGCUGGAGGAAAUACAAUUUUCAAACGAGAUGGCAGAAGAAUUACUGAAAGCAAUUGAUAGAAGGGAAGCCAAGCUUAAGGAAAAUAAUGCCAUUUUAGCCGCCAUAUACUUCGAUCCCAGGUAUAAUUUCAAUGGAUCUACGUAUCUGACUAAGGAAGAGAAGCAAAGAGCUCAGGAACAUAUUUUAAAAGUUCAUCUGAUGCUACAGCGCUCCAAAUCGAUAGAUAUCGAGAAUAACAACUUUGCGGAGCCAUCACAACUAUCAACCACCAAACUUUCAAAAAUGGACAAACUUUUUACUGAUAAAUAUGGUCCUCCGAAAUCUGAUCUAAACGAUAUUCCCAAAAGAGUCAGUAUGGUCCAGUUUCAAGAUCGAGUUAUGUUUCAAGGAAAUUCAAAUCAAGAAGAUUUUCUACCGAACGUUUCUACUCCACUAAAAUAUUGGAAGAAGAAAAAAAUAGAAGAUCCACUACUGUAUGAACUAGCAAACACUGUAUUAGCAUUACCAUGUUGUCAGGUCACCGUUGAGAGAUUGUUCAGUGCACUUAAGCUCAUUUUGACCUACUUGAGAACUCGAAUAGGCAAGGAUAUUUUAAAUGACAUUAUGAUUUUGAAAGGGAAUAGUAAGUUGAUUGACGAGCUAGAGAUAGAUUUUAGUCAAAUAAGUUAGCUUUAGAUUAAAACAUGUACACGAUUAGGAUUAAUAAACAUAUAUGAAUUAUAUAAAAAGAAU